GUAAUUUUCGGGCUGGUAGUGUGCUGUUGCAGGGGUGUGUGUGGCGUGUGUGUUAGUCCCUGUGUGUCUGCGACACCGAACGACCCGCCGAUAUACAAGACACAGCCGCACACAGCUGUGGGGUUCGGGAGCUGAUUCCUUCGUGACAGAACGGGUUUAACCCGACUUGAGCCGUCGCCAUGACGACGGACAUCUCAAUAGUUCGGUGGGAUCCGAGCCUGCAACAGGAAAUAGUAGAAGACUAUGAAUACGACGGCGGGAACUCCUCUUCGAGGCUGUUUGAAAGGUCACGCAUAAAAGCCCUUGCAGACGAGCGAGAGAGUGUACAAAAAAAGACCUUCCAAAAAUGGGUGAAUUCGCAUCUAGUACGGGUAUCGUGUCGUAUUAGCGACUUGUAUGUGGACUUGAGAGAUGGCAAAAUGCUCCUGAAACUUCUGGAAGUUUUGUCAGGCGAGCGCCUUCCUCGUCCAACCAAGGGGAAGAUGCGCAUCCACUGCCUGGAGAAUGUGGACAAAGCCCUCCAGUUCCUGAGGGACCAGAGGGUCCACCUGGAGAAUAUGGGUUCACACGACAUCGUCGACGGAAAUCCGAGGCUCAGCCUGGGCCUCAUAUGGACCAUCAUCCUUAGAUUCCAGAUACAAGACAUAACAAUUGAAGAGACCGAUAACCAAGAAACAAAGUCGGCAAAGGAUGCACUCCUGUUGUGGUGUCAGAUGAAGACUGCCGGCUAUCACAAUGUCAACGUGAGGAAUUUCACAACGUCGUGGCGUGACGGUCUCGCUUUUAAUGCGAUUAUCCACAAACAUCGUCCAGACCUCAUACAGUUUGAAAAACUGUCGAAGUCCAAUGCGAUGUACAAUCUCAACAAUGCAUUUAAUGUUGCUGAAGAGAAGCUUGGCCUAACAAAGUUGUUGGAUGCUGAGGAUGUCUUCGUGGAGCAGCCCGACGAGAAGUCCAUCAUCACGUAUGUCGUGACUUAUUACCACUACUUCAGCAAGCUGAAGCAGGAAACUGUGCAGGGCAAGCGAAUUGGCAAAGUGGUCGGUAUUGCCAUGGAGAAUGACAGGUCCGCACAGGAAUACGAGUCACUGACGUCAGAUUUACUGCGCUGGAUCGAAGCGACAAUAGAGUCUCUCGGAGAUCGUAACUUUGCCAACUCUUUGGCCGGAGUGCAGCAGCAGCUGGCACAGUUCAAUACUUACCGCACUGUGGAGAAACCACCUAAGUUUGUGGAAAAAGGAAAUCUCGAAGUGCUGCUGUUUACACUGCAGUCACGAAUGCGAGCAAACAAUCAGAAGCCUUACACACCUCGAGAAGGGCGCAUGAUCUCCGACAUAAACAAGGCAUGGGAGAGGCUGGAGAAAGCGGAGCACGAGCGAGAGCUCGCCCUCCGGGAGGAACUCAUCCGUCAGGAGAAGUUGGAACAGCUCGCAGCCAGAUUCAAUCGCAAGGCGAGUAUGCGAGAAACAUGGCUGUCGGAGAACCAGCGCCUCGUGUCCCAGGACAACUUCGGGUUUGACUUGGCUGCUGUGGAGGCGGCUGCCAAGAAGCACGAGGCUAUCGAGACGGACAUCUUUGCGUAUGAAGAACGUGUCCAGGCUGUCGUGGCUGUGUCACAGGAGCUGGAAGCUGAAAACUACCAUGACAUUGACCGCAUCAAUGCCAGGAAAGACAACGUUCUUCGUCUGUGGAAUUACCUCCUGGAGCUUCUCAGAGCUCGCCGUCUUCGCCUCGAGCUUUCUCUCCAGUUACAGCAGAACUUCCAAGAGAUGCUCUACAUAUUGGACUCUAUGGAAGAACUUAAGCUACGCCUGCUGUCAGACGAUUAUGGAAAGCACCUCAUGGGUGUGGAGGACCUCCUGCAGAAGCACUCUCUAGUGGAAGCAGAUAUAAAUGUGCUAGGCGAGAGAGUGAAGGCGGUGGUGCAGCAGUCGCAACGCUUCCUCGACCAGGAGGCUGCCGAAGGCUACCGGCCGUGCGACCCGGCCAUCAUCGUGGAGAGGGUGCAACAGCUGGAGGACGCAUAUGCCGAACUCGUCAAGUUGGCCGUUGAACGGAGAGCGCGCCUGGAGGAGAGCCGCAAACUGUGGCAAUUCUACUGGGACAUGGCCGACGAGGAGAACUGGAUCAAGGAGAAGGAGCAGAUUGUCUCGACAGGAGAUAUCGGACACGACCUCACCACCAUCAAUCUGCUGCUUUCCAAACACAAGGCUCUGGAGAAUGAGAUCAGCAGCCACGAGCCACAGCUCAUGUCUGUCGUGGAUGUCGGCCGGGACUUGGUCGGUCGGCAGCACUUCGGUGCUGCUCGUGUGCAAGAGCGGCUGGAUGAGAUUCUAGACUCUUGGAAUCACCUGCUCGAGCUGUCUGCCUACAGGCGCAAGAGGCUCGAGGAAGCAGUCGACUUCCACCAGUUCUUCGCAGAUGCGGACGACGUCGACAUUUGGAUGUUGGAUACGCUGCGGCUCGUUUCUAGCGAAGAUGUCGGCCGUGACGAAGCCAACGUGCAGUCAUUGCUGAAAAAGCACAAGGACGUGACGGACGAGCUGAAGAACUACGCGGGAGCCAUAGAAGCCCUGCACCAGCAGGCGUCCCAGCUGGGAGAGCAGGACCGCCAGGCUCCACAGGUUGUCGAAAGGCUGGCCAGCAUUGACCACCGCUACAAAGAACUCCUGGAGUUUGCCAAACUCAGGAAGCAGCGGCUGCUUGACGCAUUGUCUCUGUACAAACUGCUCAGCGAGUCAGACGGUGUCGGUCAGUGGAUAAGCGAGAAGGACCGCAUGCUCCAGACUAUGGUUCCAGUGAAAGACAUCGAGGACGUGGAGAUCAUGAAGCACCGCUACGAUGGCUUCGAGAAGGAGAUGAAUGCCAAUGCGUCCCGUGUUGCAGUUGUCAACCAGCUGGCUCGCCAGUUGCUGCAUGUGGAGCAUCCCAACAGCGAACAGAUAGUUGCACGGCAGAACCAGUUGAACCACGAAUGGGCACAGCUACGAGAGAAAGCAGAAGCAAAGAAAGAGGAACUGAACUCUGCGCAUGGAGUGCAGACAUAUCACAUCGAGUGUCGGGAGACCAUGUCCUGGAUCGAGGACAAGAAGCGUAUUCUCCAGUCGACGGACAGUCUGGAGAUGGACCUCACUGGCAUUAUGACACUUCAGCGUCGGCUAUCUGGCAUGGAGCGUGAUCUGGCUGCUAUUCAGGCCAAGCUGGACUCCUUGCAGCAGGAAGCAGAGGCGAUCGGAGCCGAGCACCCUGAGGAGAGGGAGCUGAUCCAGGAGAGGAUCGACCAGAUCAAGCUCGUCUGGGAGCAGCUGACACAGAUGCUGAAGGAGCGCGACGCCAAACUGGAGGAGGCGGGCGACCUGCACCGUUUCCUGCGCGACCUGGACCACUUCCAGGCCUGGCUGACCAAGACGCAGACCGACGUGGCCUCUGAGGACACUCCAGCAUCGCUGGCUGAGGCGGAGCAGCUGCUGAGCCAGCACCAGACCAUCCGCGAGGAGAUCGACAACUACAGGGACGACUACACCAAGAUGAUGGAGUAUGGAGAGCGCAUCACUGCUGAGCCCUCGACGCAGGACGACCCGCAGUACAUGUUCCUGAGGGAGCGGCUUAAGGCGCUGCGUGACGGCUGGGAGGAACUGCACCAGAUGUGGGAGAACCGGCAGCAGCUGCUGUCGCAGUCGCUUAACCUGCAGAUGUUCGACCGCGACGCCAAGCAGGCCGAGGUGCUGCUGGCCCAGCAGGAGCACGUGCUCAGUAAGGACGAGACGCCGACCAACUUGGAACAGGCAGAGAACUUGAUCAAGAGGCACGAGGCAUUCCUUACUACAAUGGAAGCAAAUGAUGACAAAAUCAACAAUGUAGUUCAGUUUGCAAGCCGCCUAUGUGACGAAGGACACUUCGCAGCUGACAAGGUUAGCAAAAAGGCAGACAGCAUCAAUGAACGGCGCCACGCAAACCGCAACAAAGCUCUGGAGCAGAUGGAGAAACUGAAGGAUCAGCUGCAGCUUCACCAGUUCCUACAGGAUUGCGAGGAACUGGGAGAAUGGGUGCAGGAGAAGACUGUAACGGCACUAGAUGACACGUAUCGCAGUGCCAAGACAGUGCACAGCAAGUGGACGAGGCACCAGGCUUUCGAAGCGGAGAUCGCCUCCAACAAAGACCGUCUCUUCAGAAUACAAGAGGCGGCAGCAGAGUUGAUGAAAGAGAAACCUGAACUUGCGGAACUCGUCGAACCGAAAGUGCAGGAGCUUGGCAACCACUUUGAUAAACUGGAGGAGACAACCCGAGAGAAGGGCGAGCGCCUCUUCGAUGCUAAUAGGGAAGUUCUCUUGCACCAGACAUGUGACGACAUCGACACCUGGAUGGACGAGCUCGAGAAACAGAUAGAAGGCCCGGACACAGGCUCAGACCUGGCUUCUGUCAACAUCCUCAUGCAAAAGCAGCAGAUGAUCGAAACACAGAUGGCUGUGAAGGCAAAGCAAGUAACAGACCUGGAAACCCAAGCAGAGAAAUUGCAGAAGACUGCUCCAGAGAAGAUGGGCGACAUUGUUGCCAAGAAGAUGCAAGUGGAGAAGAGGUUCGCCCAGCUGAAGCAGCCUCUGCUAGAGAGGCAGAGGCAGCUGGAGAAGAAGAAAGAGGCCUUCCAGUUCCGACGAGAUGUGGAGGAUGAGAAACUGUGGAUAGCAGAGAAAAUGCCUCAGGCAACAUCAACAGAGUAUGGAAAUAGCCUGUUUAAUGUGCAUAUGCUUAAGAAGAAGAACCAGUCAUUGCGCACAGAAGUGGAGAACCACGAACCACGCAUCAACCUGGUGUGUAGCAACGGGCAGAAGCUCAUAGAUGAAGGACACGAGGAUGCCGAAGAAUUUGCAGGUCGCAUCAAAGAGCUCCAGGAGAAAUGGCAAGCUCUCAAGGACGCCAUGGAGAAUCGGCGAAAGCACCUUCUGCAGUCGGAGAAAGCCCAACAGUACUUCUUCGAUGCAAGUGAAGCCGAAUCCUGGAUGAGUGAGCAGGAGCUGUACAUGAUGGUAGAAGACCGUGGGAAAGAUGAGAUUUCUGCUCAGAAUUUAAUGAAGAAACACGAGACACUGGAACUCGCAGUUGAAGACUAUGCAGAGACUAUUCGCCAGCUGGGUGAAACUGCACGGCAGCUCACGGCGGAACAACACCCAGACAGUGACCAGAUAAUAGUGAAGCAGUCUCAGGUAGACAAGCUGUACGCCGGCCUCAAAGACUUAGCUGGCGAGCGGCGUGCCAAGCUGGAGGAGGCUUUGCAGCUGUUCAUGCUGAACCGCGAGGUCGACGACCUCGAGCAGUGGAUAGCGGAGAGGGAAGUCGUUGCUGGCAGUCACGAGUUGGGCCAGGAUUAUGACCAUGUUACGCUUUUGUGGGAACGCUUCAAGGAGUUUGCUCGUGACACAGAAGCGAUCGGCAGUGAGAGAGUGUCUGCCGUGAACGGAAUUGCCGACCAGCUGAUUGGAGCGGGCCACAGUGACUCUGCCACCAUUGCAGAAUGGAAGGACGGACUGAAUGAGGCGUGGCAAGAUCUGCUGGAGCUCAUUGAGACAAGGAAGCAGAUGCUGGAAGCGUCGAGAGAACUUCACAAGUUCUUCCACGACUGCAAGGAUGUGCUGAGCCGCAUUCUGGAGAAGCAAAACUCGAUGUCGGAGGAGCUGGGUCGUGAUGCCGGUCAGGUUUCUGCCCUGCAGCGCAAGCACCAUACGUUCUUACAGGACCUGCAGACACUCGGUGGCCAGGUGGAGGCCAUUCAGGCAUCUUCAGCCAAGUUGCAGACAGCGUACGCUGGCGAGCGUGCCCGUGAGAUAACUGGUCGCGAGGCAGAGGUGGUGGGGGCUUGGAACGCCCUGCAGGCCCACUGCGAGGACCGGCGCCAGAAGCUGGGUGACACGGGCGACCUGUUCCGCUUCUUCUGCAUGGUGCGCACGCUCAUCCUCUGGAUGGAUGACGUCGUGCGUCAGAUGAACACAUCUGAGAAGCCAAGGGAUGUGAGUGGCGUGGAGCUCCUGAUGAACAACCACCAGAGCCUCAAAGCAGAAAUAGAUGCGAGGGAAGACAACUUUACCUCGUGCAUAUCUCUUGGCAAAGAGCUGUUGGCACGUAACCACUAUGCGAGUGCGGAAAUCAAAGAAAAGCUGUUGUCGCUGACCAAUCAGCACAAGUCUCUGCUCCACAGAUGGGAGGAACGGUGGCUUAACUUGCAGCUCAUCUUGGAAGUGUACCAGUUUGCCAGAGAUGCGGCCGUGGCGGAAGCUUGGCUGAUCGCACAGGAACCAUACCUUAUGAGUCAGGAAUUGGGGCAUACAAUUGACGAGGUUGAAAAUCUAAUAAAGAAACAUGAAGCCUUCGAAAAAUCUGCAGCAGCCCAAGAAGAACGCUUCAGUGCACUUGAAAGACUUACGACGCUGGAGAGCAGAGACGACGUGGAUGCCUGUGCCGUCCUGCAGUUGCCGCCCGUGCCUUCCCUACCGUCCCUCAAAUUCCUUGACGAUAUCCCUCUCCCGCCUCACACCUCAUGUUCUUGUGAACAGCCAUGUGUCUUAGAAAAGAAAAAGUGUUUUGAGACGAAAAUUUCCUGGAAAGAUCUCUCCCUGUACUGUGGAGGUUAUCCCCCACUGAACCGCAGGCACAAGAUGAGAAGUUCGGUCAGGAAAUACUUAAAUGCAGUGAAGAAUAGGGACUCCCCGAGAAAAGCAGUUUGUCGACUGAAUGAAAUUGAGCCUCUGGCACCGUACACCACGGAGCCUCCCGGCGCACCGCCAUUGCCGUAUUCGACUCAGUCACCUCUAUCUCCCACAUCCCCUAGGCCACGGUCCUUCCUGUGGGAUGCGGGUUGGCAUUCCCCUGGGUCAGGGGAAACCUUGCCUCCACCAUUUGAGCCAGAGUCUCCCACCGUCCCCUAUCCGUCCCUUGAUUCCUACCACGGCCGGCAGCAGCAGACUGUGUUUUGCUUCCCGGAGAUGACGUCGGUCUCGUCAAUAUCCGACCUGGACGAGUGCGUGUUUGAAUUGAAAGAACUAAAACGUCGCCAAGAAGAGGAAGAGCGCAAACGUCAAGAGGAACUGGCUGCCAAGCAGACACCUCCACCUAGCUCUCCUGAUGAACAACCAUCUGAAAAGGUGGAUGGAGAAAUGUCACCAGAGGCUGAGCAAGUGCAAGUGAAUGGUGAGGAUACAGAGGCCAGAGAAGUGCAUGAAGUGGACACGGGAAUGGGAGCGGGAGCGGGCUACUCGGAGUCGGGCCGGCCGCCCACCCCCGUGCCGGACCCGGCAGUGCCCACAGCUCCGGUCCUCGUGCCCUCGCCUCCGCCAGCGUCUCCGGUGCGAACCGCACCCCCGACAACUACCCCUCGGCCCCGUCCGACAAAGGAGCCGGUGGCCGUCACAUCGCCGCCGGUGACGCCGGCCGGCCCGGGUGCCACGGCCAGCCUGGACAGGAAGAAAGACCGCUCGCGUUCCAAGUCACCUUUCCGCAGCCUGCGCUCGUGGCGCAGGUCUCCGAAGGCUGGCACGUCUGGCGCACACAGUGACGACGAGGGCACAUUGGAGCGUGCUGCAGCUGAGCGGCCCAGCCCAGGCGCAGAGGAGGAUCACAUGGAGGGCAACCUUGUGAGGAAACACGAGUGGGAAAAUACCACAAAGAAAGCAUCAAACAGGUCAUGGGACAAGGUGUAUGCAGUCCUCAGAGGUAACCUGCUAAUGUUCUACAAGGACCAGAAGACGUACAAGACAUCACCCGACACCUUCUUCAAGGGAGAAAGCCCAGUUGAUUUGCGUGGAGGUGCUUGCCAAGUUGCCUCCGAUUACACAAAAAGAAAGCACAUAUUUAGGGUGAAGCUGUCAAAUGGAGCAGAAUACCUCUUCCAGGCACGUGACGAUGAUGAGAUGAACACUUGGGUGUCUCGCCUGUCCCAGCAAUGUGAACGUGAUGCAUCUGCCGGCCCAUCACGCUCCCAGACGCUGCCUGCUUCUGGUGACCGCAAGGAUGAGCCCAAACGGCGUAGCUUCUUCACACUCAAGAAAAAUUAAUGGUAGUGUGUGAAGAAAGAAUCGGAAAGCUCGCCAGAGAGACUCUGCUACGGGUGCACCCAGAUUCCAUUAAAUGGAGCAGUGGUAUGCUGUGUUUAUUAUGCUUCAUCAGGGAUUCAACAUGCAGUCCACUUGGAAGAGAACACAAUCACAGAAUGUCUGCAAGGGAACAUGUAAGCGUGUUGCUUUAUGGGAGCCGUCACUUGCUUAAAAUGGAACAUUCACCACUUUAUGUAUUUUUGAAUCAUACUUUCAUGAUAUUUGGCAGUCAUGUUCAUGAAGUUAUAAGGAAAAGUGUUAAAGAGAACUUUUAAAAAUUAGUUUUAGUAGAGCAAACUCUACUCGGAGUACGUGAAUUGCAGGAUUAGCUGCCGAACUUCCAUUUGAUUCUCAGAUUAUGCUUUGGCUCACAUCUGUUUGUUGGUUUACCAACUUUCAUAGUGCAGUGAACUUUUCUGGUGGAAUGUGCUGGACAGCUUGGUUUAGGUUGCAGUUUAUUUUUAAUGAACAUGACUAUGGGUGAGCCAGGUAUACAUUCACAGCAUUAAUUUUCAUAUUGUAAAAAAACUUUGCUUUAUUUUUUAUGAUUUCUUAGGCUUACAGUUAAAUGUUGGUCAUUAAAUUCAUCUUAAAACAAAAGUAUAUUGUGUAUAUAUAUAAAUAUAAAGAAAGAAUUUUUAUAUAUGCUUUUAUGUGGUAAAGUUUAUACUGAAAUUUGUGACUGCUUAUGGAGACAUACUUCAGCUGUACCUUUAUUUUUAAUAUGUAAAAAAUCUUAUUUUAAUUGAACUUCUGGAGAACACAUGCAACUGAUUGUACAUAGAUCAUAGAGCCAUUGUUCCCAUAAAUUCAUUUUUGACAUAAAUGUUAAAAUUCUUACAAAAUUAUAGAUGCUUAUAAAAACUGUGUGUCAACAAAAAACUGUUUUUGCAUUUAAAUGUUAACAGUAAAUAGAAAUAAUUUUAAUUUCUUUACUAUAAUGUUAAUAAAAUACAGUAAUGUACCUUAUUGAACGUUAAAGCUAAUACAUAUAUUUUGAAACUGCCCAACCUUCUGGAAAAUGCGAAAUUGAUUGUGGAGACAAGCAGUCCAAAUUAUAUUUCCUUUUCUCAAUUAAUAUUAGCUUAUUUACUAUAAUCCUUCCAGUUGCAAGUUUACAAAUGGGAUUCUACAUGUAUAGUGCCUUUUCUCAUUCCUCCCUCCAUAUUCAUCACAGGUUGAAUAAUUGGUUUUUAUUUCUUAUAUCCUAAAAUACUGGACAUCAGUGUGCGCACUGAUGGUUGGUAGCAUAUUUAUUUUCCUUGUGCAAGUGCAGUGUAGUACUGAUGUUAAAAUUAGGAACGGGGUACAGGCGAAGCCCCCACAGACAAUGAAUGCAGGUUUUAAGAGACUGGCAUUAUUGUGCGUCUGUCAAAUACUUGUUUCUAUAUUUCAUUCAGUAAUAUGUAUAGAGUUACAUAGUGAAAGAAGCUUUACAAGCUAGUUAUAUUAACUAAUCUUGUAAAAAUUCAUACUUUUUGAUCAGAGUUCCUAUUCUACACUCUGCCAGAGGUUUAUUAACAACUCAAGAAUGAGGAAAUCGAUGAAGGUUUAGCAGUAGUACAACAUUUCUGGAUGAAAAUGUUCCAAAGCUACUACACUUGCACAAGCAAAAACAUUAAGUACUCUUAUCAUCUGUUUCUCUCUAGAUGAUGAAAUGUCUGAAGGUUUUAUACAAAUUGUGAACACAGUUGAAAGAAGAGGAGAGAGAAAUGUAUAGUAAAUUGACAGGGGCUAUGCUGCACUAUUAAUUGCUGGAGUAAUGGAUACUUAAUGGCAUUGGUGCUUUUUGUUGAACUGGGUGAAAAGAAGUUGCAUUGGGUGCUGGCUGGGGAUGUACUGAACAGGGAAUAGCCUAGUGCCAGAUACAGUGUAGAUAUGUUGUCCACUUGUCUACAGUAUGCUAGGCAUGACAUUCGUUCCUUAGUCUUUUUUUAUAAUCAGUUCCCGUAUAACUGUCUAAUUUCAGAUUUGGAAUCUUGUGUGUCACAGUGCGGAUAUGAUGGAAAAACGGUCAUCUCAAACAAAAUGUUUAAUUUUUUGUUUGUAUUGUUACUUAGCUUUGCUGGAAUAAAUGAAGUAUGUGAAUGUGUCAGUGGUUCAGAAUAAAUUUGCAGUUAUUACUUUAUUAGUUCAUGAUUGUGCACCAUGGCAGGCACAUUUUUACACUCAAAAAUGAGGUCUGGAUUGACAAACUCUUACUGAAACUUUUGAGCUCUAAUCUGACUGAAUGUUGUUUAUACUUGAGAAUAAUAUAAUCACUGCAUUCCUGCUUUUAAUCCAGCCAGGAGAAGAAAGUUUCACACAUAGUAAAGCAGCAUUGCGUAUUUUGAAGGAUACUGUAGCUUCUUUUUUGAACUUUUCCCUACAUCUUUAUGUAUUUGUCAACAACACGACAGAACUGAACUUUUUGGCACAGGCUCGACACAGCACUCUCUCUCUCGCUCGCUCGUACUGUUGGCCACUAGAGGUGUGUCUUUCCUCAGUUUCCAGUUGGCCCUCGCCAGUUUCCUCUUGAGCCACAGUUUCCACCCUCAAAGUAGACUUUCGGCUCAGAUUUGGAAGUUUGUAUGUAAGGAAACUAGAAACCACACUUGAUUAAAAACAUGAAGUUAUGUAUAUGUAUUGUUGGAAGAAUGUUAUAUUCUGCUUUCAAGUAAAAUAUAUAUAUAUAUAUUGAUAUGUAUAAAUGAAUAAAUGCCACAUUUUCUA